AUGGCCAUUCCAGCCCUUGACCGCCUGAUCAACUCAGCUGCCGAUGCCUCCGGUCUGCCUGCAGACCUACUUAAGAUUGCUUCAUGUUUAAUCCUAUCGUAUCCAUUUAGCGGCAUUCUGAAGCGUUUACCUGACAAUAACAAGAGGCUCAAAGAUAUUUACUGCAUCGCAAUCUCUGCAUUUUAUCUUGUCGGCAUCUUUUCUCUUUGGGGAGGUGUCAAGACUUUGCUCAUCAGUUCACUGACUAGUUAUGCCAUCACAAAAUAUUUUGUCAGCCCGCUCAUGCCCUGGGUCAACUUUGCAUUUGUUAUGGGUCAUCUGCUCUUAAACCACAUUAGUGCCCAGCUCUUUGUGGAUGACUUUGAUACCAACGUUAUUGACAUUACAGGCGCCCAAAUGGUGCUGUGUAUGAAGCUUUCUGCCUUUGGCUGGAAUAUUGCUGAUGGCUGGCAACCCGACGCUAAGUUGUCCGACUUCCAAAAGGAUCGUGCUAUUCGCCAACACCCAUCUCUGCUUGAUUUCCUUGCUUAUGUGUUUUACUUCCCAUCGCUUCUUACGGGUCCUUCUUACGACUAUGCUGAGUUCCAACGCUGGAUCGACUUGAGUAUGUUUGAUGUGAUUGUCAAUGAUAAUACCGGUGCAAAGCGCACAAAGCGCAAGAUCCCCCGCAGUGGUCGUGUGUCUGCUCUUAAGUGUGCUGAAGGUAUUGCCUGGAUUGUGCUAUGGGUUCAAAUCACCAAGUACGUGAGUCUUGAUUAUGCCAUGUCACCCAAGUUUAGCCAGGAACUAUCGUUAGUCUCACGCAUGUUUUACUUGUGGAUCUUGGGCUUUACUUACCGCCUCAAAUACUAUGGUGCAUGGUCCAUUGCCGAGGGUGCCUGUAUUCUUAGUGGUCUUGGCUUCAAUGGCAAGUCAAAGACUGGCAAGUAUCUGUGGAACCGUGUGCAAAACGUUGAUCCUAUAGCGUUCGAGACCGGCACCAAUUCCCACGUGCUGCUGGAGGCCUGGAAUAUGAACACUAACAAGUGGCUUAAGAAUUAUGUUUACCUGCGCGUGACGCCCAAGGGCAAGAAGCCAGGCUUUUUUAGCACUUUUGUGACCUUUUUCACUUCAGCCAUGUGGCAUGGAACUCAGCCAGGGUACUAUUUGACAUUUGUCACUGGUGCUUUUUACCAGUCACUCGGCAAAAUUUUCCGUCGCAAGAUUCGCCCCAUAUUUAUGGAAUCUGACGGUGUUACACCUGGAAAGUAUAAGAGAAUUUAUGAUAUUGUGACGUACUUUGUGACUCAGAUUGGCUUUGGAUAUGCUGUUCAGCCCUUUGUGAUUUUGAACAUGAAGCGAUCUCUGUCCUUGUGGGCCCAUGUUUACUUUUUCGGCCAUGUUUUUAUCUUUGUUACCAUUUUCCUAUUCCAGGGUCCAUUCCGCAAACAGGUUGAAGCUAAGCUUAAGACAUUAUAUCCUGUUCCGCUGUCUCCCAGCGAGAAGAUCAAGUUGGAUGCUGCGCGUCUGCGUGCAAUCCAAAAGGAAAUUGAGGAACUAUCAUCUAAUCAGCCAUCGCUUGGUGUUCCACUGUCUGAUCUGGACACUUUAGAUGAGGACAUGAAGCAGGCCGUCGAGGACUUUGAGACAGUCAAGCAGGAGAUUGCGCAUGAACUGCAACAGGUUAAGCGCCGCGCCAGCCAGUCUGGCAUGCCAAAUCCGUUUGCCAAGUUUGCUGCGGGUAUUAAGGGAGACGAGCCCAUCAAGAAUGAUGAAUCCAUCAAGAAAGACCAGUAA